CACCGGGGAAACGCAAAGUAUUGAAUCUUGAUGAAAGAAUGAAUGUCAUUGAACUUUCUAAAACAAAGAGUGCCAGGCAAAUCGCCGAGGAUUUAGGGGUUGGGAAGACCCAAAUACAAAAUAUUUUAAAGAGAAAAAUUGAGUUAAUUUCGGACUAUGAAAAUAAUGCACCCGGUGACAGAAAACGUAUACGACGCUGUACGGGAAAUGAAGACGUAAAUGAUUUGGUGUUAUCUUGGUUUAAGGAUGCUGUAUCAAGACGAGUGCCUGUGUCAGGGCCGCUACUUAUGGAGAAGGCUAUGAUUUUUGCAUCUGAUUUGGGAAAUACACAGUUUAAAGGGUCGCAGGGGUGGUUACAGUCGUUCGUAAAACGCAACAACAUAACUUUUGGAACAAUGACGGGCGAGAGGGGAGACGUGUCAACCACAACUGUGGAGGAGUGGAAGGAGAAAUUACCAACCAUCUGCCGUGAUUAUCAACCGAAAGAUAUUUUCAACAUGGAUGAGACAGGGCUAUUUUUCAAAGAUACUACAAAAAAGUCUUUUCAUUUCAAAGGUGAUGAUUGCAGUGCUAGAAAACGAUCAAAAGAGAGGAUAACUGUAGAUCUCACUGCAAGCAUGACCGGUGAGAAGUUGACACCUGUAGUAAUUGGUAAAUCCAGUCAACCAAGAUGCUUCAAGAAUAUAAAGACUGACAAGUUACCAGUUACUUACAGGAACAAUAGAAAAUCUUGGAUGGCAACAGAACUGAUGAUCAACUGGCUGCGAACUGUCGACCGAGAUAUGAGAAAAGCUCAUCACAAAAUAAUUUUGUUCCUUGAUAACGCCCCAGUCGACAUUGUAUUAAGAGACCGCCCAAGGGACUGCUAAAAAGUGGUCUCUUAAUGGAGUGGUCUCUUAAUGAAUUUUGUCUUAUUGAGUUCCACUUUUUCAGUCAAGAUAUCUAUAAUGAUAUAAGUAUUGACGUUUCCAAAGCUACAUAAUUUCGUUGACCAAUAAAACUGUCUCUUCAAAUGAUAGAGCGAAACACCUCAAUCGAAGUAGAUGAAGUAUUUUACCUUAGUCGACUAAGUAGGCCUAUUUUUUUAUCAUACGUUAGUACCACUUCACUAUUACGAAUAGUUGUUUAAUUGCUAGGGUGAUUUAGUUUAAGCAUUGGUCCGCCCGUUUUCCUAAAGUAAACAGUCUGAUUGCGAGCAGUCAGUAAAUUCUUUAAUUUAUUGCAAUAAAAUUACACUUCUGUGGUAAGACUCAUUCGUGGAUAUUUUAAUAAUCAGUCACAGGCACGCUUGCAUAAAGGGAAAAACGUUAAUGUAAUCCAACUAUUAGAGAUGCACAACUUGAUAAAACCUUUAUAGCAAUGAUAUGUUAUAUACAAAGUUCAGAUCAAGAAGUACGUAUACAAGCUCUGACAAGAGUUCCCAAUUAAAGCUGUUUUAUGAUGCAUGAUGGAUUACCUUAGUGCUACACACAAAUGUUCCCAAUGAUGAAACAAUAUGUCAAUGCAUGAUCUAUGCUUGUGGUCACUGUAACGGUCAAGGAAAAUUGGUUUCUGCUCCAUUUCUUUUAAUUGCAUUGAAGAAAGUUUCUUAAUAUAUUUACUCCGCAAUACUCAGUUCACUUGUUACAAAUAUAUUUUCACAUUGUUUUUUUUAUUAUUAUUAUAAUUAUUAUCAGAUAUGGAAGAAAAUAUAUUGGCAGCAUAAACAAGCAAAAGAAAAACAAACUUUUCACUAGAGG